AUGUUUCGUUCAGUGAUUAGAAACAGGGUAUUGGUGCGUCAAUUGCAGCAUUGCAGAGUGUUAAUGAAGGCUGAGGCGUUUGGGAUGCCUGCGAUGUCGCCUACUAUGGAAAAGGGUGGUAUUGUUGACUGGAAGUUCAAGGUUGGGGAGCCAUUUUCUGCGGGCGAUGUGAUUUUGGAGGUUGAGACUGACAAGGCUACGAUUGAUGUUGAGGCUCAAGACGAUGGUAAGUUUGCGAAGAUAUUGAAGGAGAACGGGGCCAAGGAUGUUCCUGUUGGGGAGACGAUUGCAUAUAUUGCUGAGGUGGACGACGAUUUGGCUACGCUCGAGUUGCCAGAGGGAUCAUCAACUCCAAAGAAAGAGGCAGCAGCACCAGCAGCAGCACCAGCCUCAACUCCAGCCCCUAAGAAGGAGGAACCUAAGGCCGCACCUAAGGCCACCGCCUCUAAGAAUGCUGCCUCCUCCAAUGGUACCUCUGCCAACACCUCACAAACAUUCUUCCCAUCAGUUGCAACGCUAUUGCAAGAAAACUCCAUCUCGCCCGAGGAAGCCUUCGCCAAGAUCAAGGCUACAGGUCCAAACGGCAGAAUCCUAAAGGGUGACGUUCUUGCAUACUUGGGCAAGAUCUCCCAGGAAUCCUUGGACAAGGUCACCAGCUACAUCAAGUCCCACGAGAAGUUGGACUUGUCGAACAUCGAGUUGAGAAAGGAGCAGCCUGCUGCAGAGCAACCGGCCACCGCAUCAUCCGAGGCCACCCAAGCAGCCGCAGCCGCAGCCGCAGCUGAGGCCCGCCAACCACUCGUUCUCAGCGAACAAAUCACCCUCCGCGUGCCAGUCUCCGUCUCGUACGAACAGCUCGCCGAAGCAGUCAGAUCCUACGUCAAAGAGUCCACCUUCUUGGCCCACGAAGAACCUUUGACCAACAGCGCUUCCGACCUAUACGACCCAUUGUUCGAGGAAUUGCUAGUGCAGGAGCCUCACAAGCCUCGUUUCAAGGUCACCUACAACUUGGUCAGCGUGGAUGACGCUCCAGCUGCUUCCCACCACUACCACCCAGACAUAUUCGAAUUACUAGCAGGUACUACCAACUCCGCAAACAGCAACAACACUGCUGCUGCUGCUUCUCCAGCACAAGCCGAUGCUCGCCACGAGUACGUCUUGAACGUCUCCGUCGCCGUCGACGAGUCUCUAUCCGACGCAAAGGAAAGAGCCGAGUCAUUCGUCUCGCGCAUCUCCAGCCUAGAAUUGUUCUAG